AUGGAGAAAGACAAGAAAGUUAGUUUCGACGUCUUUCCUGAGCCACAUGCGGGGGAUGAAGAAUUGUUGGUGGUAGUCAACCAGGGCGCCAGCGAUUUUUCAAGAGUUAGAAGGCGGUCGCGCGCCGUAAGCAAGGUUUCUAUGGGAUCUGAAGCGGAAGAGGAAACAGAAGAUCAGUCCAUUGCUCGCACGGAAUCUUCUGUAAGUACAAAAGAAUAUCGUUACAGCACAAUGUGCACACUCGGGCAGUGAAUAACCGGUUGUAUAUAUUAUCAGGUUGGUGUAACAUUUGGACUAUCUUUUAAAUUUCGACAGUGGAUUGAUGCUAUCUAGUAAGACUCCUUUUAAAUUUUACCUUCUAGAAAAAUGAUAAAACAGACAGACUUCAUCAGCUUAUCUUAGCCGGAAACGAAGAAGAAGCAGUGAGAAUCAUUAAUAAAGGAAAUGGUAAGAAGCGAUCAGGUUCCGACAUAACUAAUAACUAAAACUGGUCCACUACCGUGAGUAAACAAAAAAUUUCUUAGGUUAAGUUCUUAGGUAAAGUUUUCAAAUGGCAAAUAAGUUGGGGUUUUAAAAAGUAGAUUAUUGUUUUGUGCGCGAAGAAUUUGUGGAGAUAAAUUUACGAAUAGCAUUGCUCUUAGGGAAGUAGUCUUCAAUCUUCUACAUCAAAACACCGCGCGCUCAAAAAUUUGGUCAAGUACCAGUAGUUAAGUUAAUAGGGAACUUAAGAACCACGACGACGGCUUGGUCGACGACGACCGGAAGUGAGUUACACUGUACUGCGCAAGCGCGACUAGUAAAUUUCGUCGUCGUGGUGUCGUCGACGACGCCAAACAAAGUAGAAUCACGUCGUCCUGCAAUCCACAAGCUUCGGCAGGUAUAAAUCCACUGUUUUAAGCGAUUUUUGAAGGCCUUUACAUUUUCUUGUCCUCCUAAAUCCAGGUAUCGUUCCUUUUUUCUCCAAACAAGCGAUGUUGAUUGAAAAUUCGAGUAAUGAAUUGAUUUUACUUUGAAGAAUGGCAACAGCUGAGGAGGCCGAGCGAGCGAACUCGUAAGUGAAUUGUGAUAAAUUUAUUUGUACGUAUUUAGGUAAGGCAAAUCAUAUAUCUUUAAUGUAGAGGAAAUAAACUUUAUAUGGAAAACAGCUAUCACAUCAGAAUGUCUCUUUUUCGAAAUCUAAACUCUGACGCGGUACGGACACUCGGACUCGGCCAUCUCAUUCAAGUUGAAAGUUGAAUAAUUUCGUAUAGAAAGUAGGUGUAUUUCCACUCGAAAAGGUCAGACAGCACAAAAAAUUUUUCAUCGUCAAUGAAAUUAGACGUACGGCUUGAACAAAUAAGAUCUUGCGUUGUUUUGAAAGACGCCAUUGCGAAAAACUUUGUUGCGAACGAACAUCACAGUUUUACAUCUGUGUUUACAUUCGUUGUCGUCGUCGUCGACCUACCGACUGACCGCAUCUUAACUUUCCUUUUUCCCACCGAAACCGACGUUCUCGUUCCAGUCUUUUCCCAGUGAACAGACGUCGUCGUCGUGAACUUCGUCGUGGUUCUUAAGUUCCCUAAUUACACAUCGAAGAAACCUUGUCCUCAAUUAAACUUCUGGUAUUGCUUACGUGGAGAUUUCAGGAAUCCUUCAAUUUACAUCUGGCAUUUUUGUUACUUUUUCGCAAAGCAUUUCCAAAGAAGAAGAAAAAAAAAACACAGACCGUUUGAUUUUUGGACAAACAUACAUCAAAACUCGCUCUUUCAUUGGAUAAAGGUAAAGAAUAAUUUGGCUGAGUUUAAAAGUCAGUUGAUGUUCCUGUUUUUUUUUUGUACCCUAAAGAAAUCAACCGCCAGGACAAGUCAGGCAAAACGCCUCUUCAUACCGCCAUCCUUUCAAAACAGUACCAUAUAGUUGACAAGCUUCUUGAGAGUGGUGCUGACGUCACUAUCAAUGAUGAUGCAGGUGACACUCCUUUGCACACCGCGAUCCAUGUUGGCAGCGAUAAAUUGGUACUGGUGAGUACACCGAUGUAUUUUCGAGCUCCUUCGGCGUCACUUCAGAUAUGUUCGGGGACUGUGAUUCUGGUUGUGAGGCUGGAAUUCAAGCCUUUGUUUGUGGUGAUACCUGGUUUGUUUACGUUUACACACUAUUUUAUUUAUUGUUUUGUCUCUCAAGGCACUUCUUCAUCGUGGGGGAUGUGACGUCGGGAGCCUGGGACGGAACUCUGCUACGCCUCUUCAUCUUGCUGCGGAAAUGGACAAUGAUGCCAUUUGUAAGAUUCUGGUGAGAUAUUGAAUUUUUAACCGUGAACUUUAAUUCAUGCCAACAUGACCAGACUUAAUCUCGUGGUAAAAUAAAACAGCAUCAGAAAAAAAUAAAUAAAUAAAUAAAUAAAUAAAUAAGUAAAACGCUUAUUUUUUUUUAAAAUAAAUCUUCGACAUUUAAGAGAGAAAGAGAGGAAGUGAGACUAUCUUAAAGAGAGGUUUCGUUAAGCAAUUUAACUCGCCCCACUUCAAGACAGUCUUAAAUCCUGGAUUCCACGCUAAGGACUCCGGAUUCCAGGGAAUGGAUUCUGGAUUCUUUGUCAGUGGAACCUGGAUUCAGGAUUCCCGUUGUUAGUGGGAUCCCGGAUUCCUUGAGCUGAAUUCCAGAUUCCAAGAACCAGGAUUUCGAUUUCCAGUAUUCCGAAAGCACAAAUUUCCCAUAUUCCGAGGCACAAGCAAAAGUUUCCCGGAUACCGGAGUCCAGAUGCACUUAGUAACGCAAGUAUUGAUUACGUUUACCGUGUUAUGUCAAUUUAGGUUGAAAAUAACGCAAGUCUGUCACCUUUGGAUGCUGAGCAAAUGACACCUGUUGGUAGAGCAGUGGAAAGAGGAGCUAGCAAAUCUGCAAGAUAUCUUCUACAGAUUGGUAAGUGGGUUAGGGUCCGCUGGUCUGAAUGCUUCAGUUGAUCGACAGCUGAGAAUUGUUCCAAAUUUUAACUGAAGGCCGAGAAAAAAAGGGCUUUUGACUGAAGCUGAGAUGUGAGAUCCAUAUAAUUUUCCUAUUUAUCGAAAACGGGCCAAACCAGGAGCCUCCUGGCUGAACAAGAUGUUUUAGAUGGUAGCUGACAAAUCAUUAAAAUCUUACUGAUGACUGAUAGUCUUAUACUUUCAUGCAGACCCUCGAGUAUUUUAUAAGAGCGGCCAGCUCAUACAACUUUGACUAAUUCUAUCCUUCCCUGCUCCAUUCUCCAACUUAAACUUAUUCUCUCCUUUGUCAUAGCUGAAGAGAAGAUGGAUUCAUCAGAGGGUCUAAUGUAUAACGUUGAUCUUGAUGGUGGCACUCUUCUUCAUCUUGCCGCCAACAGUGGUGUCCUAGCGGUCAGUUUACCGAAACAAUUUCCCUUGUAUGCAUUAGAUGGUUCAUUAGCUAAUGAUCUUGAGUCUCAGUAAUGAAUAAUAUAUUUCUUUUGUUUUAUUCCCCUACUCCUCUGAGCCAAGAAUGAAUUUUUAUAUCUCGUAAAGGGGCUAUUCACCGCUUUAAAAACGAGGCGAGACCUGGGUCGAGAAGCUUUCGCAAAGACUUCUGGACAGGGAAAAAUUAGCCAAUAGCUGACCGACGUGUUCCCAUUAUCGAUCCCAGAAACAACUGCGAGACACAUUUCGGCUCCAGUUCCUUUCUCGUUUCACAUCAAAGGAUUUCUUCUACACCGCGGGGAGGAAUGGGGAGGAGUUGAAACCACAUUCCAUGCCUAAAAGCUGAUCAAUAACGCGCUCUAAAACGCGUAACGUGGACGACAAAUAGUUAACUUUUGGAUUACUUAAAACAAACAAUAAUAGCUCAAGCUCCUUGACAGAGCGAAGACGGCCUCAACUUUUAAUGUUCUAUCCUUAUCAAAAAACCUAUAAUUAAUUUCACUUUGCCCAUAUUACAUUUUUCGAGAUAUAAAAUUUCAAUUUGAUUAGGCAAGGCAGCCGAUAAAGCCUAUGAGAGGAACGACCUUUAUAACUAUGUUGAAGAGUGAGAAACGAACCUCCUCAGUAAAUCUUUUUUUGCAUCAUUAAUUUCAUGUGAUGAUAUUUGAACAUACUUAUACGCUUUUUUUUUAGGUGGUGGAGUUAUGUGUGGAGCAUGGAGUCCGUAUACGUCAGCCAAGGGUAUUGACUAAACAAUAAUUUAAAAGCGUUUUUUGAUUACUAAUGAUCACAAACGACCCUUGAAGCGAGGCGAUGAAUCUAUCAGUGUUUAGAAAUGCUACUUCAAAGGAGGUUUCGUUUGGUUAACCAUGUUGAGAAGCUGGCCUUCAUUUUUUGGGCUUGACGUUCUACAUCCCUUCCAUAAUGUUAAGACUAUCCAAGCUAUGGUUAUUAAUGUUGGGGUGCUUAUAGCGCGUGAAAAAUAUAGCUAAGAUAGUUCGCUUGAUGUUUCUAUAUCAUAUUACUGACAAAAUUAGUCAUACAAUGCAAAUACAGCCGCCAUCUUGGUUCUGCCAUGGAUGUGAAGUGUUAAACCAAAAUUUGAAUGAACAUGCCUAUCAAAAUAAAGCCUCUUGAAAACCUGACAUGAUAUAAACUAAAGUUUCUGUUAUAACAAAAGUAUUUUCAUAUAAAUUACGUGAAGUGCGCGUUAUCGUUAUUAUUAUCAUGGGUGACAAGUUACUCCUUAACUUGGGCCGGAAAUUUCAGCGUUAAUUUAUAAUUUCACAUGGAAAUUACAAAAUUCCCACGGCAAUGUUCCGUACGUCUCAAUGUGAGGACGGCGUCGAAAUUGUUAUGAAAAUGUUAUCCUGAUGAAAGAUGUCAGGGCAUUGAAAGACGCAAGAGGAAACACAACAUUAUUUUACCAAAAAAUUCAGAAAAUUGAGAACUUACGCCAAAAUGUAUGCUCUAAACUGAGAUCAGUGCGUGAAAUUCUCGAUAGGAUAAACAACUAAAAAAACCCACGAUUAUGAGCGUAAUAUAUAUGUCGCCCAUAAUAUUAAUAGGUAAUCAAAUGGUAUACUCGUGAAAUUAGGGAGUAAUUUCACUUGAUGUUUGCCCAAAUCCAAAUUAAUAAUUUGGACAAAACGCUCGUAAAAUUAUUCCCUAAUUUCAGAGGCAUACCAUUCAAUUAUACGCACACUAAUUGUUUAUUGACUGUAUGUAUGUGACAGCGAUCAGACAAGAUGACAGCUUUUCACAUGGCUUGCGAACAAGGAUCGAUGCCUAUAGUGGAAUAUUUGGUCAGCAAAGACCCAGCCAUCUGUAGAAUAACUCUUCUUGAUAACAGAGGCAAGACACCACUUCACCUGGCUGCUGGCAAAAAUCAUACUCAUAUAGUUGAGUUCUUGUUGGAAAAAGUGAGUGUUCAAGAAAACAUACAUACCUGCUUUAACAGGUAGCCUUCUCGUUCACCCCAUGCAAGGGAAGAAUCCGUGUUCGGGAAUCCAGGAAAUUUUUGGCUUUGGAAUCUGGAAUACAUCUCAAGGAACUCGGAAUCCCAAUAACUAUUCACAUCCGGAAUCCAAGUUCCACUGAAAAAGAAUCGGAAUCCAGUACUUGGAAUCGGGAAUCCAUGCCGUGGAAUCUAGAAUCCAAGCCCUUGCAUGGGGUGAAGCCUUCCGCUUACUUAUUUGCUCUGCCAUCAUGGCUUAGCUUAUCGAUGGCUCGUUCAACAAGCCAGCAAACCAAUAAAAGAAGAAUCUACCGAUCCAUCCAUUAAACAAUCACUCAAUUAACAAAAUAAUUAAUUAGUUGGUCGAUCAAAUUUUUUUCAACAAAUAAAUCGAUCGUUAAGAAAAGUUUAGCUUUAAGAGGUAUGCUUGCUUCUCAAACGAAAUCUAAUAGUUGAGGAUUCUAGUGCUAAUCAACGAGUCUGUCAAUCAAUCAGUCAUUCAACCAGUUAGUCAAUUAAUCUAUUCCUUGGUCAAUCAAUCCCUCUACUAAUCAACCAAUUAAUCAAUUAGUCAGUUACUAGUAGUAGUCAGUCAUUGAGUCUGUCAAUAAAACAGUCAGUGAGCCAAUUAGUCAGUGACUCAGAGUUGGUUAAUGAAUGAAUGAAUACAGAUUCUUCAACCUUGCAUACCGAACAACUUCACAGCCAAACAGGAAACAGCAAUAAACCGCUGAAUCACUAGCUUAAACCAGGGUUAUUCUGGUUAUUGGCUCGUGCUAAUAUAUAUAUUCCUUAUCUAUUUCUUAGGGUGCAACCCUGGAUCCGAAGGACGAUGAGAGGCGAACGCCUCUGUAUUUUGCAGCAAGUUACGGCGCAUCAAGCGUAGUGAAACUAUUGAUGGAACGUGAAGCUGAUGUCACCAUCCGGGAUACUUCGCUGAAAUCCAUCAUUCACGCAGCAGUUGGGGAUUCAAAGUCCAUGGAAUAUUUAAUGGAGGUGAAGGUUGCUAUAGUAACCAUAAGUGAUUGACAUACGCUUACCGAGGGCCUUUUAAGUUCAUUAAACGCAAACUUGUCAGGAAAACUCCACUUGAAGCAUUGUUCUGGCAAGUGUGUUGAGUACGUACUGGUUGUAGUCUGUGAUCCAUUAUUUACCAGUUUAUUUGUUUGUUGGUGUCUUUAUAUAGAGCCCCGCAGCUGCCACCCUUAUCACUGAAAAGGAUGAGGCUGGUUUUUCAGCCGUUCACUACGCAGCUAAACGAGGAGACAUUAAGGUAUUUUAGGAACUACUAUCCACAAUGCUUUAAAAAUAAUAAAACCGGAAGAAUAUCUACUCCAAAAUGCCGGCAAUGAACCUUUAGUCGUGAUGUGUUAAAAAAAGAAAAACAGGACUUUUUAUGUAAGUUUUGUACUAUGACUCCUUAGGCAACGACCAUAUUUCCUCCUUGUAAAAUAUUUAACUAUGAAGUAUAAUCAUUCCAUUUGCUUUUGUCUUCAAGUCUGAAAUCUCAGAUGUCUUGAAAAUAUAAGAGACAACUCUAGGAAGACUAAAAUUGCUCUUCAUCCCCUCGACCCGAUCUCUCCUCCCGCUUUUGUGGAGUGAUUCAUCGGGUUAGAAGACAUCUUACGUUUCUGACUGUGCGUCUUUAUCUCUUCCAAAUCUGUUGUCAUUUUCUUAACAGAAUAUAAGGCUGUUUGUAACGAAAAACAGGACUUCUUCUAGUGUGUUAUCCAACAGUUUAGACACACCAAUUCACGUAGCAGCAAGGUAUGUCUUCUUCAUGGGUGUACAGCCGUUCAAUAUACAUAUAAGAUUUGACAAAGGCGAUCCUGUGCCAGAUAUUUAAGUAUCUUUUUACACCCCAACGAGCCAUUUCUGUAUUCAAUAUUUCUAUAUUUUAUAUCGAAUGGAAGCCCCUUAGAAUUAAAACUCCCAAAAUAUUGUUCAAUCACGGUACUUAGGUAUAGGAAUUUCAGUCAUUAAGAUAAUUCAAAUGCGGUGAACUAACUAAAACGAAACCAACGUAGUAUGUUCCCAAACCCGCCUAUUCUGCGUGCUAGUAGCCGGACUGACUUUUGAUUUUCGGGCUAGCGCGAAGAAAAGGUCCCAGGUUAGUGCCAUGUCGCCUAAUUCUGGGCGUUGUUUAGUAAACACACUUUCUUUGGGCUCUGGUGCUUAUUUCAAACGACCAAGGACGUAGCUAGGAUGUAGCAUAGGUACGCACCAUGGUGGAUGCCCUGGUGCGCACAGUUUUCCAAAUCAACCCUACCUUUCCCAAAAUCGUUCCCAUAGGGGCACCGUGAUUGAAUCACUGUUCCCUUGUCAAAAUGAUGAGAUAAAACUUUGCAUCACAGCAACAAAACCUUCUGGUCACUUCUUUUGUAUCAUUUUUCUAUUUUAUUUCAGGUGUUUCAUUUACCUUUUUAGUCGACAUUUUUCAGGUACGCACUUGCGUACUGACGUGCAGAUAGCUACGCCCCUGACGGUGAAUUGAAAAAGUGAGUCUCAUGAACUUAUCUUGCAGGUACGGUUGGACGGACUGUGUUGAAGCACUGAUGGAAAACCAGCACGUUAAAAUCAUUAACUUGCUGAACAGCCAAGGGAAAACAGCGCUACAUUUCGCUUGUGCAGAGGGACACGAUAGCACCGCUGAAGUACUUUUGAGGCUUGGUGCUGUCAUAGAAAGGUGCAGUUAAUCAAAAUCCAUGCUACAGAACACGACUGUGUUAAACAGUCGUCUUAAGAACACGACUACAUUGAACUAGGAGAGCGCUUGAUUUGACAGCUAUUUCACCCUUCCCCUUCAAUCCACUAAUAAGCUUAAACAUGCUACGUAAUCUUUCUUUCCUUCUUAUUUAAUUCUUGUCGAGAUCGAUGUCAUUGAAUGGCCAUAACUGAACUUAUUCAAGAUGCAAAAAAGUUUCGUGCAGAGAGAAAUCACUUUAAUUUGCUGCUAAUAGGGAACACCAAAAACUAACAAUAAGUACCUUACCUAACAAUGAGAUAACUGUGUAAUCAGUUGUGUUUAAGUUAAAGAUACAACUGAACUGGGACAAAUAUUCAUAUGAAAAAUUGGUAUGACUUCGAAACUAAGCACACGAGAAGUAAUACAAAUCUGUUUAGAGUAACUCAAAAUUACAUACAGCGGAAACUCUCUCUUAGGACAACCCUAUUCAACGGACAUCUCCAUGUAGGGGACACAAAGUUUGGUCCCGAAACCUGGGUUUGACCUCCAUUCAGGGGACACCUCUAUCCAAGGGACACUUGCUUCGGUCCUGAGGGUGUCCCUUGAAUAGAGGUUCCACCUUAGAUGAAAUUAUGAAAUGACUAUUUUGAAAUUUUUUCUUCUUCAAGAGAUCAAAGCGAGCGUACUCCACUUCAUUUAGCUGCCACUAAAGGCUCUCUAUCCUGCUGUAAACUCAUGGUAAACAAGUAUGAAGAAUGCGUUAACGACGUUGACAAAAGCAAGGUAUGAUUCUUCUUACUUACGUGUAAAUCUUACCCUGGGAGCGUACGGUUUAUUUUAUCCGUCCAAACUACAAUCGGCGACAAAAUUGUUGAGACAUUUUCGAGGCCCUGUUAGGGGUUUCAGGGAUAUGUGAUAAUUGACAAAAUAAUUUUUUUUUUGUCGCACAAAAAGUGAGGGGGAGGGCAAGUUACCCGCCAAUUAACACCUCCCCCUGCGCGGUCCCUGAUUUUUAUGGAUAAGGUGUAUCUGGUCUGACAGUGACAGAGAUAACUCAUGGUAAACAAAUACGAAGAAAUACAAGACACCCCCCUCCCACCAACAGGGCCUCAUUGUCCUAAAAUGGGUAACUUCGGAGAACAAAACAAUCCACUCCCCUCUCCCUUCCCCUCUAUUUAAAGUUGGGGUGUUUUUUGUUUUCUAGAGGUAGCUCAAACGGCGGCACAACAUUGCAUGGAGGGGGUGGGGGAAGGGAAGCUAUAUUUUCCCAUUUUUAAGUUAGCAAAACGUUAGAGAGGCCCUUUAGAGCAGGGGAGUCUCAACUAGUUUUGUCGCCGUUGAGGUAUUUCGAGAAUUUCGAGAAAGGACAUCUCUGACCUCUGGAACUAAGGUAUCUUCAAAGUACGGACACUUAAGCAGGUCACUCAAUUGGCGGUGUUAACCAAUACCACCUCAUCAAUCUUUUUGCUACUUCUCUUUUCAGAAUACCGCCAUGAAUUUGGCGGCCAUCAAUGGACAUCCCGGUGUUGUAGAGUUUUUCUUGUCGAAUCCAGCGGCCGAACUUUUAAAGAACAGCAGCGGUGAAAAUAUUUUGGACAUCGCCUCUAAAUCCGAACAGAGGGAGGUUGCAGCAGUUAUAGCCAAACAUGGAAGGUCAGUUUUAUGUCAUGGCAUUUACAAUGACAGAGAUAGUAAGCAUUCCCUUUCAUAAAAAGUUGACUGGACAAGCUAAACGAUGAGGCCAGGUGAGACAUACCAAGGGAGUCGACUAAGAAAUCGCUCACAUAACACAGUCAUACUCAAAGUGCUCGCCCUUGUGAUAGUCCUUAGGGACUGCUAACAGUAUAGAUAACUUAAGAAAAGUAUUUUUGUUUUCUGAGCAAAUUCACUUUUGAGCAUAACACAACCAAAUCUGGCCGUAAAAUGCCAAAUCGGUUGAUUAAGGUGUGGUAUACAUAAAGCUAUUAGCCAAGCCUAAAAGCGAAGCUCCAUUCAAAUACUAAGAGUUUACAAGAAACAAUGAACUUAAUUUCUAAACGUGUAAAUAUAACGGAAACCCGUUAAUACAACCACUGUUGGGCCAUAAAUCUUGGUCUUAACAACGAGGUGGAUGUAAACACGAGGUCCUCACAAAUUAAAUAAAGUAGACAUUCAUUAUCGCAAAAAUCUCGCGGAGAUAAAAAGAGUCAGUAAUGAGAAUAAACGGAGACAAGCCAAAGGGUAAAAACACCAUGAAGAAAAAGAGCGAAAAAAAAAAAAAGAACAGGAAGUAGCCACGCUGGGAUUUGAACUUGCACCCCAACUUCGUCCGGUGCAAAAAGAGAAUCUUCAUGCCAUAUGGGGACACAAGGGGACACAGGGGACACAAGGGACACAGGGGGCACAAAGGACACAAGGGAACAAAGAGGCUACACCCCUACUGAAGUCAAUCAAUUCCUCUGAAGUGCUAACUCGCUCUUCGCAAAUUUGUGAUAGAAUGCAUCAAUAAGAAUCGCAUUUUUGAUUUCGCGUUUCAGGUGGAUUGAGGUGUUACGCAGUUGUUCAACACCACUGGUUCCCCUUAUGACGAAAAUGAUCGAAAAAAUGCCGGAAGUAGCUGUGGUAAGUUGUAAGCAUAAGUAUGACAUACGUAAGCGAUAACAUGUCAUAAAACAUGCCAAGUUUGAGCUUCGAAUUUUUGACAAAAAAAAAUCAUCGAAAUAUGUUAAGAGUAUGUAUUAGACCUCUUUAUUUAACCUUGACUAGAUGGGUAUUUGUGGUCAGUGGCAGCUUUUGCGUUCUGAUAUAGAGCUCGUCCAUGGACGGACUCGUGUUGUGAAUUGCAUUUCAAAAUAUUGGUAAAGUAACUUUUUAACGGCAAAAGUGUAACUAAUUAUUGCUUCUUGUGUAUUAUUCAGAUAAACGUCGCGUGUCAUUAUUAGGUAUUCCCCAGUUACUCUGUCAAUUUUUAAAAUAAAAGAAUAUCAAGAAUUCGGCAUCACUGGGGCUUUGAUGAUAACAGUGAAGACUUGACAUCUUUACAAACCCUUUGUUUUAUACUACAGCUAAACGACAGGCACUUGUCUCCACAAGUUUAGUUUUCAAAAGGUGCUCUUGUUUCUCAUUUAUUUACUAAAGAUUGUAAGACUUGUCACGUGAAAUUUGGGUUCCAAAUUCGCUUUCUGAAAAUGCUUCAUAGAAUGACAAUGUUCGUGAUUCUCCUACUUUGAAUUCUUAGUUGUUUUUAGAUCAGUGCAUGGAGGAAAAAGGGGACCCUGAAUCUCAGAACUAUAUGGUAAGCACUAUUCAACCCUUGGAUGGCACCCCACGCUUUCAAACAGUACUUCAGUUUCUACCUCGUCACUCAUGCAGCUGUAUUAGUGGCCACCGUGGACUAUGUGUCGUGGGGGUUAUCAUUCAUUCUAGGGGAAGGAGUAGGGACCUUAAGGUAUCAGCCACCCUUAAAAUUGCCAUUUUUCCAUAUUUAAGGUUUCCACGUUUUCAAAUAGAUAUGCUUGAGCGCUUUCUUUUAAAAAAAAAAUCAGAAGAAAAUAUUAUUUCUGUCGAAAGAUAUCGGGGGUAAAAGAUUUUUUCUCGUUAAUUAUCUUAAUUGAUCGUUAACAAGUUCUGUCAUACCCGUGUCAUAUAUCAAUUAACUUGCCUGUGAACUAGUUACGUGAUACCGAGUGCGUGCUUCGACACAAAACGUGCGAAUUGUCUUCGCGUUAUUUAUAGCCUUUAGUAUUCUUCGUGGAUAUUUAGCGUUUGCUUCGGUGAAAAUGCCGCCAAAAAAAAAAGAAAAGGUCGUGUCCGUUUUCGUCAUCGAAACCGAGAUCGAAAAAGAAAUCGAAGAGCGAGUUUGACAAAGAAUGGGCCGCAAAAUUGGCAGAGAGCGACAAAGGCUCAUUUUAUCAGCAAGAGAAGUGGCUCGAAGAGUUGGAUAUUCAGAAAAGCGAAAAUGCUGCAGUUGCUGAGAGUGCAAGCCGCUCCAAAAUCCAGCUUAAGGAACCAAAUGAAGAAAGCCAAUUAAGCUCAUCGACCCCAUCUGCUGAUGGAACGUGGAAAACAAUAAGCGGUCGAGCUAUCGUAUUGAGCGAAAAGCUGCUUGAGAAACUGGACGAGUCUGUAUCUUGUCGAUUUUGCCAGGGAAGAGUCCAAGUCAUGGAAAAUGUAGCGACUAAGCAUGGACUUGGUUCUACGUGGAGAAUCCAGUGCGAGAAUGAAAGCUGGCCGUCGCACAAGACAAAUUCUGUUUUUAAUUCUUCCGAGAAGAGCAGAGCGUUUGCAAUAAACCACAAACCGGGCCUCAGUUCUUGGCCUUCGAGCAAUCGGUGGUGGGCAUUCGGCGGCUUCAAAGUUUUUUAGUUUCCUUGGCCUGGCGAUCGAGAAAGAAUUAAACCGUGCUUCUCGUGGUGUAAAAGAGUGGAAGUUUUCCAACGGAGAAUUAAACUGUUCACUUGAAGAUGUUGAUAGCAAUAAAAAGUUUGUUCCUGUUACAUGUUACCUGUCAAAGUCCUAUUGUUAGAGAAAAUUGAUCCCUCUCUGAUAUCAAUCAGAAUAAACAUUUAGGUGUCAUAAUCUCAUUCCAGGUAGGAUGCCGCCAGAAAUGUAUUUUCUAUUUUAUCUCCGAACGCAAAUUUUGCUGAUCGACUCGUACGUUUUGAACUCCAAGUCUGCAGCCUUUCAAUCAAUUUGGCUAAAAUUUGGACAGAGUGAUGCCAUAUAUCUCUUCUACAAAACCGUGUCUGCGAAUUUUAAUACUCCUUUUCAUUUUAAAGCUAGAGCUUUUUUUCCCCAGAGAGUGUUGACUAAUUGCCUUCCCCAACUUCAUUUGCUAAUAAAAGAAAAACAAACGCAGUUGUCAAAAAUCUGAGACACGGUUUUUUAGUGGAACGUGUUAAGAAGCGAAUGCGGUGUUAAUUGUUUUCUUCCGUUUAUUUCCGGCGGGAAUGGAACAUGAUUUAUAGAGAUGUGUACUUUUACACAAAGCGUUCCAAUUUCGAAACACAUUUAAGUAAAUCGUUUUGUUAGUUCAAAUCCAAAAUCUGGAAUUAUUAAGCUUUUAAAAAAUAUAUGGUUUAUAGGGGUUUUUAUAAAAACAACUAACGCUACAGCGAUCCGCGCGCGGACUGUCCUGAAGGGUGGCUGAUACCUUAAGCGAAGGUGUUUUUAAGGCACGCGGGUCGACAUUCACUUUUAAAAUGCCUUGACGCCACUAAAUUUGUUUGCUAAGUACCCCAACUCUUAUAGAAACGAUUUCUCAGAAAAUUUUCCCAAAACCACCGCAGAAUUGCAGAAAGGUUCUCUUCCGGUCAAACUUUACCGUCGCUCAAAAACGCUGCUUUUACGUAGGCCCCCUUGUGUCCAAUAGAGAACCAGGCAUCGGUUCGGCUGAAUGGACCAAGAACUAAGUCUGAAUUACGCCUUGAGUUGUGAAUUAUAUAUAAGGAACUGCUACAGAAGCUGUUGCUUUAUAAUUAAGCGGCUAGGAAAUGUGUUUCCAGUAAAGAUGUGUAACGUCUUUGUGAAAUUCUGCGCAGGUGAAAUAUGACUUGAACUUGGUACAAGGCCAGUAUCCAGGAGAAAAAUUGAUACCUGACAAAGCAUCACUACAGCUUAUAGAGGUAAAUAUUUCAUUCAAUAAUAAACCUACAAAGUGACGCCAGUGUGCUUGUCUUAUUUUAGAAUCUAUGAGCCCCUAGCCCCCUAAAAUUCACCUGGCAUAUAUUGAGACUCGUCGAAGCUAGCUAGCACCCAGAAAUUCGCUAGGGGGAGGGAAGGGUGGAGUCUCCUUUUAUAUUUUGAAUGAUGAAAGUCCUCUGCACCUCAAGCAUUAUAUACAUUGCACAGGACCAUCACCUCAGAAUGGAACUGCAUGACUGAGCCGGCCACCAUCGAUCUGCCGUUUUCACAUUGCUUUACUUGUUCCGUUGUCACCCCUGCAUUUUUGACUGCCGGUACUAUCCGCUCGUAUAGUGUCCUUGGAGAGAUCCAACUGAAGUAUACCCUUAAGUCAAAUUAUUCUUUUCUCCAUUGAAAGUUCUGGCUUCCGCCAGAAAAUAUUAUACCAGAAUUCUGGGAUGCAGGAACAGGUGUAGAACCGUCCGGGCUAGAAAUCGACCUGACCCACCAGGAGGGUGCCAUUCCAGUUAACAAUUUGCUUAUUUUUGAAACUGAAAAAAUGACAGAGGUUGCGGCCCACACUAUAAUUGAUACCGUCGAUCUUUCCUCAAAACCCAAAUCAGCCCCAGUAAUAUUAUCAUGGCACCCUGAAACAUGUGGGCUUUUUGCUUAACAGACAAUGGCUUUACACCGACGUGAGAGAUGCUUAACACAUCCCAUCAGUUUUGUGUUAUUAAACACCAAAUGGUAAGAGCAUGUUUACUAAAGUUGAUUGUUCUAAACAAUAUGAUGGUCACUGGCUCCCCCGUAGGGCGGGACUAAUUUUGCUCUUCAAUUUCACAGGAAAAAGUUUGGCUGGUUGACAUUCGCUCUUAACCUUUUCUCGUACUUCUGCUUUAUUGUUCCGUUGACUGUGUUAGCAGUUUACGGAAGGGAUCGCAUGCAAUCUCUUUGCAAACCUGGCGUUCAUAUUGGUGAUAAGGUAUGCAAUAUUUCUUUAACUAUUGAAGUGCAAAUUUAAGAGGUUUUAUGUCAUGGAUUUGAAGCAUCCGAUUCGAAUUCGGAAACUCAAAGUAACUCUACAUUUUGAUGAAAUUUAAAAAACUAUCGGCCUAUUUCUGGUAACAUUUACCAUGCACAUAUUGUAAACAAUUAUUAUUCAUUCAAAAUAUUUCUCCACUUCUGAUUGGCUAAAAGCACACGCAUAAUUUACCAUAACCAGCUACUGUUGACCAAAUUUGGAAGAAUUUUGCGAUUAAUCAACCGAUGACGUCAAAAGUGCAGCACAGUUGCAGGUUAAUGCACCGUUAACCGAGAAAACCUGGGAACGAGGUUGAGUUGUUUUGGUUGUGAAAAGAAAAAUGGCCGGACAGUCGGCGGAACAUUUUACUCGUUUCACGAAGAACUAUUGUCUAAAAACUUAGCGAAAAGACAACUCGACGGACAACAUCUGCUAUUUGGAAGUGUUUGUAAAUUGUAAGCAAAGUUCCUGCUAAGUGACGUUAUUAAUUUGCAAAGAGAUACUUUUUUUCAGUUUUAUCCAACUGAUUCGGUAAAUUACAUACUAAAACAACUAUCCCCUCAGCUUCGCGUCUCGGUAUAUCCACCACUAUUCACAUCCCCUUCAGGGGAUAGUUGUACAAUGUCCUUAAAAUGAUAGCUGAUAUUUUGUUUUACGUUUUCUUUAGUUGGACUGCACACUUACGGAUGUGGUAAGUAUAAAAAGUCUCUGCGUUCUUUUCAUGCAUUUUGUUGUCGUACCCUACAUUUAACCUUGAUUUUAUUAGUGCUCUUAAAGCCCCUUGGCUUAACUAUAGAUGGGCUUUUAGCGCGCUUCGGUCCUUUUUCCUUUAUUAUGACCGGUACCUACUUCUUUUCAUCCUUUCAGACAACCCAGCUCCUGAGUUUCGUUGUUUUAGUUGCAACGAUAGUGCUAUUGGCGAAGCAUCUCUUUUCACUGUUUCGCAAGGUAAACAAAAAUUUGUUUUAAUUUUUUUUCAUAUACAGUCGCUGCCAAUGGUAGCAUGUCGGGUUAGUUAUAUUGUUGAUGUCCUGAAAGUAUAGUCUACCCUCAUGAAUGGUUUCACUUUGUGUGACAAAGCACUUUCGGCUGAUUUCAUCGUAAACAAAGCUCUCCACUUCCUCCUUCUUGAGUACAGAUUCGAUGAAUAUACAUCCAGCGGGAAGUAAAAACCGGUUGUGGACUUGGUGGCCGUUAGUUGUGGUUUCCGGACGCUCCCAACAGAGCCUGUCAUUGGCUUGCUCGAUCCUGGCCUGUUCUAGAAAGACUCUGCAUGAAUCAAGUGUAAAGAUCUUCGUGGUUAAUGCGCUGCUUGCCAGGAUGCAGUUUCGAACUCAGGCCCAAUAGUCAUGCACUCGAAAAGAGGACUCAGUUAUGACCAUCGGAUUAUCAAAAAAGGAUGUUCACACUGGAAAAACCAGUUUGAUGAGAGAAACUAAUCAAGAAUCUGGCGUGGCGACUCUCCUUUUCUCCUCCUCUAUCCAGAAGAGGACCAAAGGAGGAUAUACUCCCAGGGUGUGGCUCCCGGCUAUGUUUGAUUACUUUGUUUUUAUUUACAGCGUAUGGCAUAUUUACUUAACAUCCUAAACUUUGCUGAGUGGGUUUGCUAUAUCGCUGCCAUAGUGUUCGUUCUCCCAUCAUGCGACUGUAAGACAGGCUAUAAGCUGGAGGUGGGCGCCAUCGCCUUGUUCUUUGGCUGGUUGAAUCUUAUUCUUUACUUCAGGAGGUAAAGUACAACAGCAUAACCUACCUCUCUCAGUUUGUACUUGUUUCAUACACCACUACGUAACCAAUAUAACUUAUAAUAAUUAAUUUCGUACCAAAUAGACUUUUAGAUUUCAUUUUUGGGGUUUGGCUUUGAAAACUCUUAGUUACUGCAACUCCCUUGACUUCUAUAUCUUUUAGUUUCUGUGAUAUAUAUGCCUGUCUUAUUAUUAUAUGUCAUUAUUUCUUAUUAACUUCUGUAUUUCUGUUGAAAAGUGAGAUAAACCUGCGAAAUCUGACUGAAAUCCUCUUGAACCUCAGCAAGAUUGGCUCAGUUAUUAGAUCGUUUUACUUUAGAGUGGGACGUCGCGGGUUUGAUUCUCGGGACCGGACCGAUACUUAAUGCUAUUAAAUUACUUCCAAAAUAGAUGUGAGUCAAAUAGCGUGCAAUAGUCAACGGCUCAACGUCCAAUGCUACGAUCAUCUAAACUAAAUACAUACAACCGAGGCAAUGUUAACUUUCCUAAUGUUUAAUAUUUUAAAUCACAUGCAAACUGAGUUUAAAGUUCUGUAGGACGGUUUAUCAUUCUAACAAUCUAGAUUUUACGUUUUGGAUUUUUUUGCCAAAUAAGCAAAUUUUAGCUAAGAAAACUUAAAUAUAUCACGCAUACAUCCUACACGGUCUCGUUUCAUAUCCUGAUACUGUAACAAUUAAACUUAUUAAUUUAAGCUGACUGGCUGUUUCUUUGCCAUACAGGUUGUCAUCGUACGGGCAGUAUGUCAUCAUGCUCACAACAAUGUUUGUUACACUUGUGAAGGUGAGAAGAGGCCGGUGUGAAAAUAGAAAGGCAAUCACACUGGUUUGAGGAGGGCCACUUGCACGAAACAACAUCUACUACAAUACUUAACCGAUAGAAAAAGUUUAUCGUGUUUGCAUAGCCUGAUAUAAACACCAGAGGGGUUGGGAGAAUUCGAGACAGUUAUGAAAACCCUCGACUUCGUCUCGGGUUUGCAUAACUGUAGAGAAAUCUCUUGACAGGUCUCUCGGCCAAUCAGAGCGCGCGUACUAUCUUAGUUAUUUUAUAAAGUCAAUAAUCGCGGAUACUGUUUAGAAGUGCGCUCAGUGACUUUCUAAGAGAGGUUCCCUCUUCAUGAAAGUCCAAAAAAAAAAAGAUGAUUGAGGAACACAGGGAAGAACUCAAGUUGUCUGCUUUAGAGGGGUUUUUGUCUUGCACAAGUGUUCGUUAGGAGUUAGUUGACUGAAUGCAGAGUCUCUGCAGCUCCUAAAUCGCAAGUGACUGAAAACAAAGUGACCAUUGUCACCAUUUUCCUAACAGACAAUCAAAAAAUAAUAGACAAAAAAAUUAACGUAGAAGUGUGAUUGAUGUAAUAGAACUAAUAGAAUCGAAAAUAUGAUUGAAGAGACUUGCACUUUGUCUUUUUCAAGGUUCUGUUGUUAUGGAUGCUUUUUAUCAUGGCGUUUGGAACAACUUUUUACAUGAUUAUGGAAAAGGUGAGUAUGCAAGACACUUUCUUGUCAAUGUUGGCGCAUAAUUUAUAAUUUGCAGGUAUUUUAUAAGGUUGGAGGGCGGGGAGAUGUAUAGUCCUGAAAAAUUUUGGGUGGUUAAGGGUCUGCUUUCUAAAACCUUUACCCCCUUUCAAACUCUAGCCUAGUCCUCAGGCGUUCUCGCCUCGCUUACUCCUAGACUUUAAACCACGAGGAAAAGGGAGCAUCCCCGAAACGUCUGCGCGGCGUUUUUUUCGUACCUUUCAACGCACAUUUUGAUAAACUUUGCAAAAGUCAAUGGAUCAUUUGGGUUGCAGAGUAUCUUGUAAGUUUUUAUAACUAGACUCUACCAUGAGGUGGGACGUCACCACGAGAGACUCGCGCGCCCUUUCCCAGACUAGGCUGCCCAGGCCCAAUUUUAGACCUUGACCACUGUUGUCAAGAGAUAAAUUCACCGCAACCGAUUCCUGACCUUUGUCCUAGAGAGCACAAAACAUUACCCUAUUUCAGACCGAAGCGGCUGAAAUCUGUGCUCAAUUUCAGACCACAAGGGUCCAAAAACCACACCCUUUGGUGCCGCUUAUACCGAUAUUGUUUGUAUCAGAGAAUACACAAAUUGUCACAAAUUGGAGCGGAGGGAUUGGAAUUUGAAGCUAAAAAAACAAAUGUAAAUCCCGAAGGAUUGCCUGAUGUUGAACUCUAGUUUGUUAAAGAAUCGACUGAAAAACAUAAGAAUGCAAACCCAGCUUUUUGUUGGGGAGGUUAUGUCAAAUUAUUUUGAUUCUUUUACUUUUCGCAGGAACCGUUUGACAUGUUUGGCACGUCAUUGAUGACGAUGUACGUCAUGACAUUGGGAGAACUUAAUUACGGUGACAACUUUAUGCCGUGGGAAGAGUUGAAUUUCUCAACUUUGGCUAACGUUUUGUUUGUUGUUCUUGUUCUUGGAAUGCCUAUAAUUAUGAUGAACAUGCUGGUAAGUGAUGAUAAAUACGGUACAAUACGAUUCGAUACAUUAUAAUAUAAUGCAAUGCAAUGCAAUACAAUACAAUACAGUACAACGCCAUUUCAACGCAAUCAAUGCAAUGCUAUGCAAUACAUGUACAAUACAGUUAACGCAAUGCAUCGCAACCCAACACAACACAACAGAAUACAAUACAACACAACACAAAACAAGAUAAUGCAUGCAAUACAAAGCAAUAUUUUAUAAGACAAUACAAUGCAUUGAAAUUGUAAAUAAUUGUAUUUUAAUUUCCGUUUUUCAAUUUUACUACUUUAAGUGGAUUAAAAAGUGACGUGACAAUGAAAUAGCCAAUCAGAAAGCGAGCAAGAACAAAAAUCCAGAAUUAUAACUCUCUAAGAUUAAAAAUUAUUUCAAAUUUGCUGGCUAAUCUGCCUGAUUCUCACCAGCUUUUAUCUUGUGUAUAAUUACAGAAAUAAGUUAAACAUCCUGACCUAUACAUUAUCGUAAAAGGACAUACACUCAUCUCAUCUGUUAUUCGCCACUUUUUAUCUGUUUUGAUUAGGUUGGUCUUGCUGUUGGUGACAUUGACAAAAUUCAACAGAAUGCUUUGAUGGAUCGUUAUGUUUUACAGGUCAGUUUAAAUUAAGCAGUUUUUUAUGCGGGAAAAGCAGUGCAUAGAGCUGUGGCUUACUGACCUUCCAUUGACAAACUUGGAAUAUUAAUUUCUCCCCGUUACCACAGUAAAGGAAAUUCCACAUUUAUCGAAUCCUUGAUAACUUUGACAACAAUUUUGACCUCGACGUUGUAGGGUUUAUGUUGCGCGAGUGUUUCUUUUGGGCUAGGCGUUGCACAAUCGAAUGAGCCUGAUCUUUGAAAUUAUACGUCCAAGUGGAGGGUUAAAAUGGUGAGGCACGGGAAACAUGCACCGGCAAGAGGCAAAAGAAGGCAAGAUUUCCGUAUAACUCCAUACAUUAAUUAUGCAUACACAUAUUGUUAGAAGAAAACAAAAGAAAGAACAAUACUAAGCCUUUGGGAUUUCAGCUAUUAUCAUAAAAAUUUUUAUUUUUUUCUAAGUCUUUUUUAAAACUCAUUUUCACAAGAAAGAUUGUGCACUUGGCCUCAUUUUGAAAGUGAGCGUUUUUGGAACUCGGAAGUGGCUUAGUACCCGUGCUCACUUCCCAUUUUUCGUUUUUGAAAAAUAUUGUGUAAGUGGAAGUGGAAGUAAAAUAACAGAAUCUUUGAUUUGAUUUUUUCAUUUUCAGGUUCAGUUACUCUUGGAUAUUGAGCGGUCUAUGCCCAUGUGGAUUCUUAAACGCGUACAGGUUCAGGGCUACUCAGAAUACCCUAACCACCCUAAAACACUGAAAACCAAGGUAACGAAGAGAUCUUUAUUUUAAUCUGGCACAAUAGUUAUUUACCAAGGAAUUAUACGUUGGUAGUCGAAUCACUGGGAAAAAGCAACCCCUACAUCUCCUUCAAAAAACAGAAAAAGACCAAGGCAUUGUUUGUGGCCAAAUAGCCGUGGUUGCUUCAUUCUAUGACAGGGUUUGGAAGCGGAAGAAAAAAGGGGGAGGGGAGGGCGGGGUGGGUGGGUAAGGAGAGCGGAAAUGGCCAACACCUGCAGGCUUAGCCUGCGAAAGCAUCCGUUUCUCCUUCGCUCUCGCGAAACGUCCCCGGCGGCGUGGAGCGAAGGAGAAACGGAUGCUUUCGCAGGCUACUGCAGGCUCCCCUAACACUUUUUCCUUUGGCUUGUUUUUCCACCUCUCCCCCUUGCCCUCUUUUUUGCUCCUACCAGGCAGGCUACUGCUGGUGAGGAAGAGUUUUUUUUUAACAAUCAAGACCUUGUUUAUUUGCUGAUCUUAUUUCUUGAUUUCCUUGACCGUUGUUUUCAUUAAGGAGAAGUGAAAUGCAGAUCACUAAGAAGCUAACAGGUUAACAAGUUGGUACGAGUAGUAUAAUCAUAAGCACAUUACCUUCUUUCCCAGUUGGCAGAUAUGUUUAUCUCUUUUGGCAAGCCAGAAACGGAGAUAGUGGAGGAAGAGGAGGAAUUAUCACCAGGAAUGGUACAAGUGAUUGAGAGGCUUGACCAGCAAGAAAAAAGGUUCGUCAUCAGGAGCUAAACGCCCACGGGGGAGGGGGGGGGGAGGAUGUUACUCCCUUAUAUGGCCCAUACGGGGAUGUACCGCUGGACAAGGUACAUGGGUUUUGUCCUCUCUGUCCUAAACAGGGUAUAUAAUUUCGUGCGAGUCUGCCCUAAUUAUAAACGGGGUAUUUCCUUCCCGAUUGAUUCGAUUUUCUUGAUGAAAUUUGUUUUUACUCCAGCAUAAAAAAGCAAUGACUAUAACGUGAAUUUGCUCUUUUACAAUUGAAAAUGAAUGGCUUUGAACAAAUCGGUGUGCAUUUUGUCGUUUGUCUUACGCGGUACAGUUGAGGUUGUUGUCCUAAACAGGGUAUGUAUUUUAGGAUUUUUUUUGUCCUAAACAGGAUCAUGGUUCCAAACCCUCAGCGGCUCACCUGUGACCAAUACCGGUCGAGUACCCCUCCCCCGGGGAAAACACCAUGCCAUAUAACACUCUAGAAUUGGCCUUGAAAUAAUAAAAAUUAAUGAUUGGUUUCACUUUAUUUGGCCCAGUUAGGAGAAGACGGCCUGCUGAGCGGGAGGUCGCGGGUUCAAACCCCGGCCCGACCAAUACUCAGGGUCUUCAAAUAACUGAGAAUAAAGUGCUGCCUUUGUAAUGACAAACAGUUAGAAUUUCUAGUAUUCUGUGAUAAGGACAAACAACCGUAGGUCCCGUCUAACAGCACUUUCACUUAUCUGGUUCUUUUGGGACGUAAAAGAACCCACACCACUCUUCGAGAAGAGUAGAGGACGGGUGGUUUGGCCAUCCUUUCCUGGGCUGGGUGGGUUAUCUGUUACGAGAGAUCUUAAUAUAGGGAUGUCGAUCCUCAUGAUCCUCCUUCAGAUGUCGUAAUGGCUACCUGUAAACAGUGUAUGUAUAUUUCGUUAGGGUGGACAAGAUGUACGACUUGUUAAGAGAGCAGACUGACAUACUAAAGGAGCUUAAUCAACUCUGUCGUGCCAAGGAAGAAAAACCAAAGGAGGAGAAGAAAGAAAGCGAAUUUAAAUUACCAGGAAUGCAAAUGUUUUCCAGUCUUCCUCAACUUCCAAAGUUCUAGAUAAACCCCACUGUUGCCGUUCAUGAGAGAAGUUAGUAACAAUAGAUAGCAUCAGUGGUUGAUCGGCAUUUAGUGCGAGCUUUCACAUUUAGCCAUCGCCUUUGUUACAACAACACAUUUCAAAGAUCAAAGUAAAUUUAACGUUUAAUUUUUCUGCUCAAUGUGCGAGAACAUGAUUUAGCUAAGAGAUUACAACACCAGCUAUGUAUAUUCAACACUCUUUUUAUCUUAACAAGAGCGAUAAAGAGUUUCGUGCGAUCCUAAUUGCGAACGUAAUUGACAGCAAAAGUGUACGGAAUUUCUAUAGCUAUGUAAGAUCUUUUGUAGGUAAAAAUAGCAGCAUUAUUUAAUUUAUUUAAUGCAAUUUAGAGGUCAUAUGAGUUAUUACAUAUGAGUUUUCAGUUAAUAGGACGGUUGAUCAUUUUUGUAAAUGGAACUUAAUAGUAAGGUGAAAAACUCGCGAAAAUUUGGAGUUCUCCUGGAAUGUAGCGAAAUAUUCAAUUCUUCGAGUCCUUUUUAGAAGUGUAGAAUAUUAUAACAACAUUCUACUCCAGCGUUCACGAGGAACUGAUCCUUAAUGUAAAGAAACUCUUAAGGCCUUGAUAGAUUGAUCCAUUUAAGUGGAAACAAUAUUAUAUACCACAAUGAAAUAAAU